AUGCCUUCAGCAGUCCCCAUCACCGAACCCCUCCCGACUCAUCCCGAUCGCCUACGCGUUAAUCGCAGCACCAAAGCCUUCGGCAGCGGCGCCUACUCCCUCAUCGAUCUCCCCGCAGGCGCCGUCUUCGCCCCGAUCACGGGUACCACCCCAGGUCGCAAAGCCUACACCAGCGUCCAAACGGGACGCGACUCGCAUAUCGAGCUAAACUCCGACCUGGUCUUCUGCAACCACUCCUGCGCCCCCUCGCUGGUCUUCGACAUGGCCCGGAUGGAAGUGCGCGUCGUGGACGACAAGCCGCUCAAGGCUGGGGAUGCCUUGACCUUCUUCUAUCCCAGCUCGGAGUGGGAGAUGGAUCAGCCUUUCCAGUGUACCUGUGGAGCGGGCGAAUGUCGGGGAUGGAUCUCUGGGGCUAAGACUAUGGAUCCGGAGGAAUUGGAGGGGUAUUGGUUGAAUGGGCACAUUUCGGAGUUGUUGAAUGAGCGCAAGUAA